AUUGCUGCGGCAGCAGCAGCAGGAGCAGCAGCAGCAGCAGGAGGAGCAGCAGCAGGAGCAGCAGCAGGGGGAGCAGCGGCACCUGUAGGAACAGAAGCGAAUAUUGCUGCAGCAGCAGCUGGAGCAGGAGCAACAAGAGCGGCAGCAGCAGGAGAAGCAGCAGCAGGAGCAGCAGCAGCAGCAGCAGCAGCAGGGGCAGGCAGGGGGAAGCUCACAGCACCGGGAUUUGGGGCCCCUCCAGUGCCGUUCGCACCACACUCGCCCUAUUUGCCUCUCCACACUUCCUCAUCUGCCACGACAACGGCCUUUUCUGAAGCAGCAGCAGCAGCAGCAGCAGCAGCCACCGCUGCUGCCACAGCUGCUGCAGCUGCCAUUCCCAUUCCCAGCGCCUUUGAGUCCCGGCUCCCGACUCAAAAGCAGUCUCCAUACGCUCCGUUUGGCUUCCCCGCUGCUCCUGUGUCUGCUGCCACCGCUGCUGCCGCCGCCGCUGCCACUGCCACCACUGCCAUUCCCGGCGCUUUUGAGUCGACUCAAAAGCAGUCUCCCUACCCACCCUUUGGCUUCCCCGCUGCUCCUGCGUCUGCUGUCCCAGCUGCCACCGCCACCGCUGCCUUUCCCAGUACUUCUGAUUCUGGUGGUGCCACUGGUGCCACUGGUGCUGGUGGUGCUGCUGGUUCGACUACCCCAGCAGCCUCGCAUGUCAGUGCUUCUGUGUCCGGCCUUGGUAGGUCCAGCAGCCAGCACUCGUUCCGUUCUCCAACCACUGGUGCCCUUGGUGCCCCUUUUGACGCGCCUCAAAGUCAUCACUCCUUCCCUUCUCCUGCGCCUGGUGCUCCAGGGGCGUUUCCCUUGGAGUCGAGCCAAAGGGCCCAAGAUACAGGGGAUCCAUGGCAGCAGCAGAUGGGCCGGCAGGAUCUGCUACAGCAGCACCAGCAGCACCAGCAGCACCACCCGCAACAAUAUCAGCAGCAGCAGUAUCAUCAUCAUCAUCAGCAGCAGCAGCAGCAGCAGCAGCAGCAACAGCAGCAUCAGCAGUUUCAGCACCCUCAGCAGCAGCAGUAUCCACACCAGCAGCAGCAGCAGCAGCAGCAGCAGCAGCAGCAAGGCACACAGAAUGCUCCUCUCUUCCUCCCCACUCACCCAUCCACACACAUUCGCCCACCACUCUCCUCCUCCUCCCCUCGCCCCCCCUCUCUCUCCCCUUCCCCUCCUCCCUCUCCUCCCCUCGGCCCCCCCAUUUCCUCUCCUUUCCCUCGUCUCACCCCUCCUCCCUCUCCUCCCCUCGCCUCCUCUCUCGCUCCCACUUCCCUCCUCUCUCUCCUCCGCUCUACCCCACUCAACCCCCCCACUCCCUCCAGGCUCCUCCCCUUGGAAACGCCCUCCCCUGGUUCUACCUGCAUCAAACCCCUCCCUCUCCUCCUCCACCCCGUACCCCCCUGCACCGUUCUCUACCACAUCCUCUUCCUCCUCCCCUUCCCCCAUGGCCCUGCACCUGCCUUCCCUAGCCUCAAUGGCAGGUUCGGCACCAGCCACAGCAGCUGGUUUGGGGGCUGGUUCGGGAGGGAUAGGCACGGGAGUUGCUGGUGCUGGUGCUGGUGUCAAUUCUGGUGGCGCCGCUGCUGCUGGUGCUGCUGCAAGCAACAGCUCAGCCUUGCUUAUGGAAUCUUCCCAGAAGCCCACUGCCACUCCUCUUCUCUCCUUCACUCUCCCCCCCAGCUUUCACCACCACUUCUCUUCUUCCUCCCGGCCCCCUUCCAACGCUCCUACCCAGGGGCUUGCUCCCCCGUUCCCUGCCCCGGCUCUCUCCCUGCCCUUUCCGCCUCCCUCGGCUUCCCAACCGUCUCCCCUGCACGCUUCUCCCUUUGCUGCUGGCCCCUUCACGGCUGCUUCUGCUGCUACAGCCUCAGCUGCUGCUGCUGCUGCUACAACCGCCGGUGCUACAGCCGCUGGUGCAGCUGCUACAGGUGGGCUGGGAGGGUUUCAGCUGCUACAGCUGCCGAGUAAGGUAGCAGACCCCUUCCCUCGUGCCUCGUCCGACCCGAGCCUUAAACCUGCUGCUGCCGCCGCUGCCGCCGCUGCUGCUGCUGGUGCUGGGGCGUUUGGAGGGAUGGGAGGAGGAGCAGGAGGAAUGGGAGGAGGGAUGGGAGGAGGAGCAGGAGGGAUGGGAGGAGGGAUGGGAGGAGGAGCAGGAGGAAUGGGAGGAGGGAUGGGAGGAGGCAUGGGAGGAGGGAUGGGAGGAGGCAUGGGAGGAGGGAUGGGAGGAGGAGCAGGAGGGGUUUCAGGAGCAGCUGCUAGUGGAUACGACAUUGGGAACAGUAGUGGUGGGGGUGGUGCGCGUGGUGGGGGUGGUGGGACGUUGAAUGGUGGAGGGGCGAACCAGGAGGCAGGGACAUUGGCAGGGAGAGGACGAGCAGGGGUAGGAGUAGGGGCAGGAGGCAGAAUGGGAGGAAAGGGUGGGAGAGCGGGUGAGAGGGUGGUAGAGAGAGUGGUAGAGAGAGGUGGGCCAGGAGGGACAGGAGGAGCAAUACCAGGGUCAGCAGCAGCACUGUCAGCAGCAGCAGCGAUGGCAGCACAACCAGGAGGCCAUAAUCAGCAUAGUCAGCAAGGCUCGUUUGUACCACCAUCGUUUUUAGGAGGUGGGAGCAAGGGGGAACCGGCAGGGGCUGAGGAUGCGAGUAGCCCUUUCCGCUUUGGGGCAAUGUUCCAAAUUCCCCAAUCAGGCCCACAGCCCGUCUCAAGCCCGUAUCAGCAUCAGCAGCAGCAGCAGCAGCAGCAGAGCCAGAGAGGCAUUCAUCUAUCAAGUGCCAGCAGUGCUGGUUUUGCUGGCGGUGUUGCCUCUGCUGCUAGUGGUGGUGCGUUUCCUGCCGCAUCCCAAGGUACAACUGCAGCUGCUACAGCUGCUGCUGCUGCUGGCGUUGCAGCUCCUGCUACAGCUUCUGGCUCGUCUCUUCCUGCCUGGAUGACCCAUGUGCAGCCGCAAGUGCACCAGCAGCACCAGCAGCACCAGCAGCAGCAGCAGCAGCAGCAACACCCUCAGCAACAUCCUCCUCCGUUCUUUGCCCCUUUUCCCUUCGUCCCCCCAAAUCAUGCACAUAUGCCGCAGUUACCGCCAGGGUUACGACCUGAGCGCGUGGCAAACUUGGCCACACCUCAAGGAUUUCCGCAGUUUCUCUCUGAGGCCAAACCCGGCUUGUUUCUGCAGCCGUUACAGCAGCCACCAAACCCCUCACAGAAGUGACAAGCUGUUGUCCAUGGUAGUUCUCUGCUCGUUUAUUUGGCAUAGAGCUGAAACAGCAUGCAAACAAUGCUGUUGAAUGUGUCCUGGCACGCAUAUUAUGGUGUAGUAAAUUCUAUUGCGUGACAAUAUUG